AGGGAACAGCAUCGUCUCUUUGAAGGAACAGAAUACAUCGACGUAUUCGCAACUUUGUAAAAUUAUACCUAACCAAUUUCUUGAUACUCCUACUGUAAAAUAAAAAAUUUGAUAACAACUUUUGUGGUCACUAACUUUACUUUGUAUAAUCUACUUUUGCUGAGAUCCCAAAGAAUUACUCAAGCCAACAACUAACUUCUGAAGAACUAGUACACAUCAAAUAACAAUUUACCAGGAAUAAAGGUAUAAUACCCUCCUGUUUUGGAAAAUGGAUACCAAUCUUUCAUUCACUUACCAAUCCAAGGUCGCUGCGCCGGCCCACCGCAGCUAUCCGGCGGCUGGUGCCGAGGUAUGGAUCGUAAAAAUGUCUGGGUCUGGAAGAUGCUGGGACUUGUCAUGCACGGUUUGCAUGAGCCGAGAUGUCUGUGAUGCAUGCCCUAGCAUCACAGGUUUUUUGAGGGAUUCUUGAUGCCUAUUCCGCAUGACAGAUGCCCUCCCCGCGUAGCAAAGAUUAGAAUCCGUUCGCUGCGCAUGGGCAUGCUACACAAAUUUUUUACACAUCCAAAUGCAGCAUCACAAGUUGCAAUCUUCCAGACCCAGACAUUUUUACAUUUGAUACGAGGAUCCUGCGAGCAAUAUGGCCACCCAACAUCAUGGUGACCUCGAGGCGGGGACGGCGGAUUCUUUUCGCCACGAUGAAAUCCAUUAUGAGGUGGAUGAAAAUUCCUCCCUGCUGACCGGCGAGGGCCGCGGGGACGCAGAUGAGACGACCGACGAGGAGCAUACGAAGACCAUUGGUGGAAAGAAGAAGACGAAGACGUACCCCGCCGCGGCGGGAUAUUGAAAGGAAAAAUCCCCCCUCCCCAUAUCGAAAAGGUAUGACUUCGAAAAUUUGUAUUGCUGAUUUGAGGUCACAAAUCACAUCCGUCUUGCAAGAAGACGAGGGCAGGAGCUUUCGCCCCAUUAUGGAGGCGAUUUGUCAUGGGAGCCGUUUGCCAUGCUGAGGAACUAGACACAUACGCCCCUAUCCAGCCUGGAGAUCUGCCCGCAAUGCUUCUCUACAAUACAAAGCUGAUUUUUGUACGCAAAUCCAGCAUCAGAAACUUCCUUUUGAUAUGGGGGGGGGGGAUUUUUCCUUUGGAUACGGGACGCGAAAGCUGCACCAGCAGCACUCCGCAAACUUCCUCGAAAAGGUUCUGGACCAUUGCUAUCAUUGCUGGCGUGUCUCUCUUGGUAAUCGGCUUGGGUUUGGGCAUCGGCGUGCCCCUGGGGUUGCGGUACCAGCACCACCUACGUGAACAGGCGGAAGCAGAGCAACAGCACCCGGUGGGCGGGAGCCAUCCUGGGGGCAACGGCAACGGCAAUGGCACUAAUGUUUCUACUCCGGGAGGUAACAACCAGAACCAGCUUCUGGUCUCUCGCCCGGAGCUGAAGCAGCUCAACGACUUCGUGCAGCAAAAUAUGGCUGCAAUCGGCUCCGACCCGGUGGUUGUGAGCUCUGGUUUGACCCUGGCCCGCCCGGUCGCGGAAAAAGCCUGCGCAAACGUGCCCGUCGACGGAAAAUGUUUCUGUCCCGUGAGCGGUGCGCAGCUGGAAGUGGAAGAGGUGCAGAAGCCGGGUGGAACUGCAGGAGCUCCUCGGCAACAACGUCAACAACUGCUUCUGCAGAACAAGAUGAAGCAGGAUCAUCAACUAGUGCAAAAAAAGUUCCUCUCGACGUGGUCGACGCAAGAUGAAGUAGCUGCCCAGGAGCAGCAGGCCGCUGCCAGCAACGGUGACGACGAAGGGGAUGCAGCUCCAAACGACGAGAUCCAUGUGAUGCCCGUUAUGCUUUCCAACACGGCACUGAAGCAGUUUUCGGAGCUUUGGAACGACCAGAACGGUGGAUCUUCCGUUUUCUCCCAAAUGAACCCGGGCGGGAAUGAUCAACAAGUAGGAGGACUGCAAGGAAAACCAGGAUUCCCGGCCGCUUUUAUGUGCAAGGACGCGAGAAAUAUUUCCACGUCUAGUACCAAAACUUCUGGCACGGCACGUGUUGAAGUCGACGUUCUCUGCGAGUACCCGGUGCUCGCAGUGGUGAAAGACGCACACACGGGCGAAAACACUUUAUGCAUUGCAAAUCUGUCUGGGUCGGGAAACUUGUGAUGCUGGUUGAACGAUCAUGCGGACACUUCGAUUGACGACCGCGCAUAACAGAUUUUUUACUUGCUAGGUGUUGCCCAUUCUGCAUGCCAAACUGCGUUUCUGCAUUACAUAAAAAUGGGGCGUUUAGGUAACAUGCAUCACAGAUUUGAGAGGCAUGCUGGUCGAGCAUGACAAACCUUGCGCUCUUCCAGAUCCAGACAUAUUUGCAAUGCAUACACCUCUGUCUCCUACAACUUCGAGCCGGCGUACUAUGCGGACGAGACGGCGGGGCGUUUUUUCCUCCUGCCGGACGGAAAAAAAGCCUUUCGGAACACGCAGUUGCAGCAGCUCGUGAACGCCUUUCGGGCACUGCACAACCAUAUCAAAUGUAAAAAUGUCUGGGUCUGGAAGAAUUCAUGUUUGUCAUGCUUGUCUGGCAUGACUCUUAAAUCUGUCAUGCAUGUUACCCAAGAGCUCCGUUUUUCUGUGAUGCAGAAGCGCAGCUUGUCAUGCAGAAUAGGCAACACCUAGGAGCUCAGAAACUUGUCAUGCUGAGCCAGCAUCUGUAGCCUCAUCAUGAGACGCCACCCAGCAUCACAAGUUUCCAGACCCAGACAUUUUUACAUGUGAUAAACCAGCCGGAGGUGCCAGCGGUCGCGGUUCUUCAAGGUGGAAACAACAAUGCUGGCGCGCCGGGCACCCGUCCGCCCCCCGCGGUCGUGGGGACCAGUACCGGAACAACUGCCCCGCCGGUUCUACUUCGGACCAAUAGCACCGGGAAUACCAACCAGGGUAACGCGGCAACUGUUAAUCCAGUUACGGUGACUACUCCAGGGGUGCCUUCUGCUACUGUUUUGCCCUCGGCUUCAUCUUCUUCUGCAGCGCCGCCUGCACUUGGACGUGGGGGUGCCGCUCCGAGCACUGCGACGCCGGUUGGU